AUGGGUCAUGUCUUUACGGUGAUCAAGAUCAUCUGGAUUAAGACAGAGUUACCCUUACGAGAGAAAAUCAGAGAUGGAAGAACAGACUACUGCUGUCGCUUCAUGAAAAUUAAAACGACCUUACCACUAUCAUCAACAAGUUCCAAAAGCACAACACAUAUAUGGAAAGAGGAUUAUUCAAAAUUUGUGAAAAUUCAUUUGUACUGUCUGAAAGUCCACCGGAAAGAUGAUUCCUUUGUUUCACAAAGGACAAGCUCUAAGACAAACUGUUCUCUAUGUCACCCGCCCCAAAAAAUAACGUAUGUGACGUCAAAACAAAAGUAA